AUGGCAUCCACAUUCAACAUCUUCCCAUUAUACCCAUCGGCUGAGCCGCAGGCCUUUAUGAUCCAAAUUAUGACCCAAACAGAUAUGAGAGUAUAUUGGGUCAGGGAAGCAUCACAAACGGCCUCCUGGCUGAAAGAUACAAAGAUAUACGUGAGGAAUGUGAAUGGAACGUCAUUAAGGACAUGUAUCGGCCCUCCCCCAAUGAACAGUCCAACCGGCUUCAACAGAAGGCCGGCCCAGAAGUUGCCAUUGGAGUUUUCGUGCAGCUUCGAUCGGGCAGUACCAACAUUGGUCACUGCAACUCAAUGGGUCCAUUGGCUACGCAGCCAAAAUCCAAUUUUAAUAAGAACACUGGAGUUGGCUGUGAGAUACAUUUGCGAGCGAAAGGAGAGAUUUGUCAUCUACUGCGACACGCUGUGGAUACAGCAGAAGCUGUUUGCUACCCUUGCCCCGGAUACAAUCAUGAUGGGUCAUGCGACAUCUAUCAUUGCCAAGAGUGUAUUGACGAAGAUAAAGCUUGACGGAGAAGGCGUUCAAGACGGCUUUGGAGGGAUACUGGAGAAAAACACAACUGUUAAAAACUGGGUGCCUUUUCUCGAGCUGUUUGGCCAACAUCUACAGGAUCAGUUCUCGAGCUAUUUGACCAACAUCUACAGGGUCAGGAGGAUAGUGACCUUCUUGGUGAAGAAAGAGGUGGUGGCCAAUAUAGUCAAAGAAAUGAUGGAAGAGGAAACUUUGGCAGAUACAACUUCUGUAGCGAAUGCGAUCGAUAUCGCUGAUGAGUUGGACGAACUCGCUAUUAAUGUGGAGGAAGUGACCAUGGAUCACCAGGGGGUAUAUUGCUAG